AUGGGCAAGUUUGCCUACGCAUUCACGCAGGGUUUUCUUCUCUUGUACAAUCUUCAAACCGACAAUGUCUCCAUCCAGCUCGGUAAUUUGACCUGGCCUGACAGCUCUUUCCUUCCACAUGCUGCCGAUGUCAGUCAAAAUCUAUUCAUAGUGGUACUUGGUUAUGUAGGUGAUUCGAACAGCAAGUACACACCGUGUGCCUAUUUACUAAAAAUAUCUGGUUUAAAUUUGAGUGUACACGAGACCUGGAUUUACACCCCACCAACUAGUACCUCAUGGCAAGCGAGUCUUACAAAUUGGGACGCAGACACCUACUCAGCAAAAUACGAUAUGUCAGUGAGCAUCAAUGACGCCGAAAGUCAAGUCCUACUCGGUAUUCAAAUAACAAACACUAUUGUGCUGCUUAAUAUCAAUCAAACCAGUACAACGUUUCUGUUACCACCGCAGAAGCUCUCAAACGGAAGGGGAAUAGGAAUGGGUAAAACAGUCGGCUGGCUCGAUGAGAAUAUUUCUCUCGUCCUGGUUAAUACAUAUUCUCUCAGUUACGUUUGGUCAGCAUCACAAAUUUUUACCUAUAAUAUGAACACCAAUCAUAGUUUCACUGUCGUGUCUAUUAUACCGAACACUCAGCAAACAUUGGCGCCUGGAAUCGGUCCUAUUUUAAUCUCACUUGUUGGUACUCAACGUGGUGUGAUAAUACUGUUAGAUUCACAAGGCAAUUAUUACAUCAUUCUCCCAUCACCUCUUGGUAACACUUCAGACACUAGCAUUAACUUAGUUUCAUCAAAUUUACCAUGCAUGCCUGGUACUUUCAGCUUUGCUCUUAAUAUCCAGCCGUGCUCGCUUUGUCCUGAGAAUUACAAUACAUUUGGCUUAACUGGUCAAGUAUCCUGUGAACUAUGUGCUAGUGAUGCUUUUUGUCCACUGGGAGCAGCCUUCGGAAAUAUCAGUGCGUCUUCUUUACUUCUUACAAGUACCAAUCAAGUAUCAGCCUAUCCUUUAUCACCCCAGUCGGUUCAAUUCGAGAAUAUUCUAAUGGAAAAUAUGUUUACUAUUAGUUUCUCUUCAUCCAAUCAUUGUCUGCUCGUAUCACCCUUAUUUUGGGUAUUGAUCAUUAUGUUAUUAGGUAUACUCAUCGCACUUGUUAUGACCAUUCUCAAACACUGCGCCACUCAUCCUCUAGGAAAGAAAACACGAAAGGGACUCAGAACAUUUUUCAAGCACUUCGAUCUUAUUGGUGAAGGCGAUUUGUGGAUAGGUGGUAUAGUUAGUUUUGCUAUUCUUAUCCUCGCUAUAUUCGCCUAUGUGUUCAGUAGUGACUACUUUUAUCGUUAUCCCAUCGAAAAAAUCAGCGGUAAUGCUACAUUUGCUUGUGAUCCAACCUUAUCGAACGCUCAAUUCAGUACCCGUUUGAUGUCUCUGAUGGUUUCUCCAAAAGUCGAUGAAUUGCCCGUAUUUGAACUUCUCAACGCUCAGCUAUUUACACUGCAUGUUGCCUUUGUCAAUACACUUUUUUCAUGCACGGAUGUGACCCUAACACAAAUCAAGGACAUAAAUCUACCUCUGCCCAUUUCGUCCUGUAAUAGCAGCGAUGGCAGCGUAUCAAUUGCAGCUAUUUUACCAUCACAUGGUGUGAACUUACAGUUUCUGCUCGCUGGUAUCAAUACUAUUGGUGGUGUUCGUCUAGCCCUUGAAGGAUCGGGUACUCAACAGAAGAAUGACAUUCUCCAAGUUAGUUACACACUUGUCGAUGUCACAUUCGCACAGGCAUUUUCAGCUCCUGGUCUUCUUCUCACACAACAGCCAUCGCUCACACUUCAGCUCACUAAAGUGAUUAAUCGCACUUAUGCACUUACUGAAGGCGGCCAGACGCAAUUGAGUGGUAUUUGGAUGCCUUACGUUUCGACUGAUACCAAUCAGAUCUUUGUUAAUGAAAAUGAGUAUAUAUAUGCCAUAAGUUCGAAUACAAUACUUUCUCUCGUCAUAAGUGAGACACCAUAUUACGUAUUAAACAUCCAACAACCAAUCGUCGAUGAGGCUGAACUUAUCUUCACGAACGUUCUAUUUACCAUUCUAUGCAUGGAGAUUUUUGGUUUGGUGUUACUCAUUUUCAAAGUUAUAAUUGUCCCACUUUUCAGACGUUUAAAUAAUUAUUAUCAACGACAAAGUACGACAGAAAAGUCACUGACAAGCAACUUCGAUGUGUCACAAGCAUCUCUUUAUCGCUUUUAA